AUGGACGGCGAGAGUGAGCGGCAACAACACGACUUGCAGCGCGCCACCAAGCUCCUCGAGACGAUGUCCCGAGAGGAGCUGGUUGACAUGCUCCACGACAUCCUCUUCAACGAGCGCUCAGAUGACACCCGCAAGCUUUCGGAUUGGAUGGCCUUCCAGAUAAUCAUCCAGGACGAGACUCGCGACGCGCGCAGGCUACUGGCGCAGCUUGGCAAGGAUGGACGGAAUCACCGCAGAGUUGAAGUCUCCAAGGUUCCGAGUGUCAACGGCCGUAGCCUCACCAUUUCGCAUCAAGGAACCCAGGGACAAGAUGAUGAGCCGGAAGAAGACUCGAGCUCGGCCGCCUCGUUCGUAACCUGCUCCGAAGCAGAGUCUUCCCAACGUACCCCAUCGCGGGGAACUGUCAACGUUGUUGCUUCACAACCUCCGGAUGAAACCCUGGACGAAGCAACCCCGGCUGAGGCUCGUGGAAUCAGUGGCUCGUUCUCAAUGCCGAAAGAGACACUUUUCGGCGACAAUAAGGACCUUGAGGAGAUGGAUCUGCCCUCUUCAGCGUCGGGAGUGAGGGGUCGGGAUCAUGGCAGUGAUAAGCGUGCUUUUUGGACACAAUGGUGGUAUGGUACCAUUCUCCGCCGAAGGCAUCAGACCUCCUCGGAACCGAACAGCAGUGAGAAGGAGCGCCACCAGCCUCUGCCCCUUUUGAUCCCCGUCACAUCGAGCCUUCAAGCAGCGACCUAUCAAGACCAGCCUCCUCCAGCGACUCGUCCACAAUCAACUGGCAACAUCCGAAAACCAGCCUUGAAGGCCAGAAAAUUACGAACAACCAAUGAAUUGGGACAAAAGAAUCUGGCAGAUCUGUACGCAAGGUUCGACAUGGACUACGUGGAAAGUUUGAAAGCAGAUCUGCUGAACAUCAACGCUGGCAAGACGGACACUCUCGAAGCGGCUCUUUCAAUGACCACUUCAGCAUACGAGGAUAUGAAGAAGAUGCAGUGCCAGUUCUGCAAGCUCUAUUUCACCUCUGAGCAGAACUUGUGGGAGCUCGACAACGGCUUAAGCCCCUGUUCCUAUCACCCAGGUAAGCGGUUUGCUGACCUGACCUCAUCAUAG